GGACCGGGACCCUGCCCUCAGCUUCUCUCCCUCCCAUUCCCUCUAGGUGGAGGGGCUGGGCAAGGCUUUCCUAGCCAGUUCUUAUCUUGCAUUUGAGAACUAGCACCCCACUGCUGCUCCCCCACCCCCGCCCGGGAUACGAGAGAGCUCACGGGUUGGGGCCCUGGGGCUUCGCUGCACCCCGGUGCUACAGCCACGCGGGCCAGUGGGAAGAAUGCCAGCCCUCUCCUCCUUCUGCCCCUAGAGCCCUGGCAGCCUAUCGGACUGCUGCUGUGUGACUGGGGCAAGUCACUUAAGCUCUCUGAAGUGACAGACGUUCUUGAGCAGACAGAGGGGGCGACCCUGGCCAGAUGCUACCCAGCAGAAAUGCUUUUAACGUUUUUGAAGCUGUCCUGGGACAAAAGGGGCUUAACGAUGUGACUGUGACUCCUGGAGUGGGGAUAGGGUUAAUACCCCAGAUUGCAGCAGCCCCGUUCCUCUCAACCGGCGUGGUGGCGGGUGCUUCUAAUCUCAGUACUCGGGAGGCUGAGGUGGGAGAAUCGCUUGAACCUGGGAGCCAGAGAUUGCAGUGAGCCACGAUCACGCCACUCCACUCCAGCCCACCAGCCCAGCUGACAGAGCAAGACUCUAUCUCCAAGAAAAGAAGGGGGAGAAUGAACUGCGAAGCUGGGGUUCUACCACUUCCUCUAGGCACCUGUGGGCUUGGCGCUUCCUGAGGUUAGACACUGCCUGUUUUGUUCACUUUGCAUCCUCCAGUGUCACCUGCAGCACCUGGCACAGAACAGGCUUAAAAAGUACUUGCUCUUUCCCAAGCGGCUGCCGAAGAUGGCGGAGGUGCAGGUCCUGGUGCUUGAUGGUCGAGGCCAUCUCCUGGGCCGCCUGGCGGCCAUCGUGGCUAAACAGGUACUGCUGGGCCGGAAGGUGGUGGUCGUACGCUGCGAAGGCAUCAACAUUUCUGGCAAUUUCUACAGAAACAAGUUGAAGUACCUGGCUUUCCUCCGCAAGCGGAUGAACACCAACCCUACCCGAGGCCCCUACCACUUCCGGGCCUCCAGCCGCAUCUUCUGGCAGACCGUGCGAGGUAUGCUGCCCCACAAGACCAAGCGAGGCCAGGCCGCUCUGGACCGCCUCAAGGUGUUUGACGGCAUCCCACCGCCCUACGACAAGAAAAAGCAGAUGGUGGUUCCUGCUGCCCUCAAGGUUGUGCGUCUGAAGCCUACAAGAAAGUUUGCCUAUCUGAGGCGCGUGGCUCAUGAGGUUGGCUGGAAGUACCAGGCAGUGACAGCCACCCUGGAGGAGAAGAGGAAAGAGAAAGCCAAGAUCCACUACCGGAAGAAGAAACAGCUCAUGAGGCUACGGAAACAGGCCGAGAAGAACGUGGAGAAGAAAAUUGACAAAUACACAGAGGUCCUCAAGACCCACGGACUCCUGGUCUGAGCCCAAUAAAGACUGUUAAUUCCUCA